UGCACACUUGUUUGUCCGUGGCGCUUUGGUGGCUGUGCUCAUUGCUCUGUGAGUAGUGGCAGCAGGGGGCCAAGCUGAGCUCUUGGCCUAGAAGCGUCCGUGGAGGGGGGGUGGCUUCGCACGGCCCCUUGGUGACGUCACAUCAUGUGCGAACGCCUCGAACCCAACACAAUUGACACUCGCAACGCUAUAUAGGUGGCUAUUGGCACCGGAUACUGCCUCUAUUCGUCACGCCAAAUCAAUCUCAACUCAUCUCAAACAGCUCUCCCCCGCUACACACAACUCAGCAAUCAUGUCCGGAAACAGCAACGAGCCAUCGCAGCUUAACGGCCAGCUCAACUCGGUCAAGGGACAAGUGUACGAGGCCGUAGGUAACGCUACCGGUUCCGAUGACUGGAAGGCAUCCGGCAAGCAGAUCCACGCCGAGGGCGAGGCAGAGCAGAAGGCUGCCCAGGGCAAGGCUAUGGCCGAGGGUCUGGUUGACCAGGUCGGCGGCUACAAGGACUCCGUAGUCGGCGCCGUGACUGGCAACAAGGCAGACCAAGUCGCCGGCAAUGCUCGUCAGGAGGCUGGCUCUGCCAAGGUCGACGCCAACAAGCCCCAGUAAAGGGCAUGCGCCUGACUGCCGCUACCUCUCGAUACCAGGCUUGGACGACCCUGUUCUCGUCAGAGGAAAGUGCACAUCCCAGUUGCCCUCCUCGAUGAUGUCUCGACAUGAUGACAAUGA